AACGAGCCGGAAGCCAAGCCCGCGGCUUCUGUCGAGCACUUGGAAAGCAUUUGCGAACGUUUGGAGACCCUCGUUGACCGAUUGGAACGGACUCUUACGGCGCCGCAGCCUCAGCCGCUUGAACUACCCACGCCCAUUCUCCCGCCCCCGCCAACCGAAGAAGAAGUAGAGGAAGCUCUCCCAGUAGCAUCACCAGAGGUAGAAACACCACCACCACCUUCGCCGCCGCCGCUUAGCAGCAGCAACAAUAUGAGUGUAGCAGGAUUCGAGGAUAUUGUGGCGGGACCGCUGAGCCAAUAUCUGUCCCUCUCCGCCAAGAUUGGCGGCGACGUCGCCCAGCACGCUGAGCUCGUGAAGAGCGCCUUUGGCUUUCAGCUGCAGUAUGUGACGCUGGCCACCCAGAUUGCCCAGCCGGCGCAGCCCAAGCAGGCGGAGUUGCUGAAGCCGACUUCGACGCAGAUUAGCGCCAUCCAGGACUUCCGCGAGAAGCACCGCUCCUCCCCCUUCUUCAACCACCUUUCGGCCAUCAGCGAGAGCAUCCCCGCCCUUGGCUGGGUGUGCGUUGAGAAGACCCCGGGUCCGUAUGUGAAGGAGAUGAACGACGCCGGGCAGUUCUACACGAACCGCGUGCUGAAGGAGUGGAAGGAGAAGGACGUUAAGCACGUGGAGUGGGCUCGCUCCUGGGUGCAGACGCUAACCGAAUUGCAGGCCUAUAUUCGCCAGUACCACACCACUGGUCUGGUGUGGUCCGGCAAGGGAGCUGCCCCCGCUGGAGGUGCCCCACCACCGCCGCCACCCGGAGGCAUGCCCCCACCGCCGCCGCCAUUGGAUCUGAACGCCCUGAAACUGGACAGCGCUGGAGAUGACCGCAGCGCCCUGUUCGCUCAAAUCAAUCAAGGCGCCGACAUCACCAAGAACUUGAAGAAGGUCACGGGGGAUAUGCAGACCCACAAGAAUCCCUCCCUGCGUACCGGACCGGCUCCCUUUAAGUCGCCUGCCCAAUACGGCGGAAGUUCUGGCAGCGCUCCCUCGGGCCCGGCUCCUGCCAAGCCUCCUGUGUUCGAGCGUGAUGGCAAGAAGUGGAUCAUCGAGUACCAGAAGAACAACACCGGACUGUUGGUGGAGAACGCCGAGAUGAACAACGUUGUGUACAUGUUCCGCUGCGAGGGAUCCACGCUGACCGUUAAGGGCAAGGUGAACAACAUCGUGCUUGACUCGUGCAAGAAGUGCUCGCUGCUGUUCGACUCCGUGGUGGCCUCUGUGGAAUUCGUCAACUGCCAGAGCGUUCAGAUGCAGGUGCUCGGGUCGGUGCCAACGGUUUCGAUCGACAAGAGCGACGGCUGCCAGAUGUAUCUGUCCAAGGACUCGCUGGGCGUGGAGAUAGUCAACUCCAAGUCUUCCGAGAUGAACAUCCUUUUGCCCGACUCCAGCGGCGACUAUACCGAGUUGGCUUUACCGGAGCAGUAUAAGACCACCAUUGUCGGCAAGACCCUAAAGACUGUGUGCGUAGACAGCCUCGGCUAAUGUUAUUGCCCAUGCCAGGGCUCCAAUCCGUUGCUUCUCCUCCAACCAUCACCAGCAACAACAACAGCAUUAGCCAGUCAGCAGCAAUCAUAAUUGUAUUUAAUCUUAAGCGCAAACUUUUCUUACUUCCGAGAUUCUGAUCAAACUUUUCGUACCAAACCCCGAUUGUAUUAAUGACGUGUUGCCAAAACUUUUGCUAUUCUGGCUAAGUGGGAAGAGUAUUUAAAUAAUUUAUUUCUAUGGAAAAUCAACGCCCACAAAAAAAAAAGGAACCCAAUGUAUUUAUAUAUAUCGAGAGUGUGUUUAAUGAGAACAGAGCGUGGAAUUCGAUCUUUUAAGCAGACUGCACUCGAUCAUCAAAAGUAACUCUCUUUUUAUAUUCUAUUUAAAUAAAAUUUAAACAUUUUUUAUCAGAUAA